AUGUUGGAGUCCUUGAGUACCUUGAAGUACACCUCACUGCUCUCGGCGGCAUAUCAGGGGAGCCUGAAACUCCAAAUAGCCAGAACAGCAAGCUAUGAAGACCAGAUGUCAGGCUUACCCCAGACUACUUCGUCGAUAAACCCGUUUCUUCGGCUAAAAUUGCAGCAAUUGGAAAGCAAUAUAUGCUACUAUAAAACCUAUGUGGAUGGGGUUACUGGCUUGCAUAAGGACAAUGUUAUUUCGGCGGAGGAUUACCGACAAGAGACAAAUCUGGCCAAAGAAAUUGUAGAUAUUAAAAGCCUGAAGCGACUGAUUAUCAUGCUAGGAAACAAACCGAUAGCAGAAGACAUGCAUGACAGUAUUUGGUCCAGCCACAAAAGUCUAGAGGAAACAUUGACCGCUAUCAUUUCGCAUCGAUUAGACAAUUUUGCGGUACUAGACAUGAAUCCAUUUAUAACCAUGCGUAAAUCAGCGCAGGAAGCCGUCGAGCUAGGUCAAGUAGCGAUGAUACCAGCUGACGGAUGCUGGGCUCUUAUAGUGACACACGCCAGCUUUAUGGAUAUCCCACUUGAUUCCAGAUGCUCCCCCGGCGGUAUAGGCCAUUCGCUGGCCCUCGAGUUCCACCGGAAUGGGCUUCGUGUAUUUGCCACUGCAAGGGACAGAAACACUCUCUCCGACCUGAAUCAGCGGGGGAUUGAGACUUUAAGUUUAGAAGUCGAUCAAGACCAGAGCGUAUUGGCCUGCCGAGAUGAAGUUGUAUCGCUGCUGGGAGAAAAGGGCUUGGAUUACCUGGUCAACAAUGCCGGGCAGAACUAUACCGUACCGGCGCUGGACGUCGAUAUAGAUGAAGCGCGCAAAACCUUCGAAACUAAUUUUUUUGGCGUUAUACGCAUGUGCAAGGCUUUUGCACCCCUCCUCAUCAAGGCGCAGGGCACGAUUGUUCAAAUCGGUUCAAUCGCCGGGAUAAUACCCUACGUCUUUGGCUCAGUAUAUAAUGCUUCCAAAGCGGCUCUCCACUCCUUCAGCGAUACGCUACGGGCGGAAUUGGCGCCUUUCGGUGUUCAAGUCACAACCAUUAUAACCGGAGGUGUUAAAUCCCGAAUCGCUCGGCUGGAGCGUGUUCUCCCGCCCAACUCGCUCUAUCUUCCCAUCAGCGAUGAUUAUGCGCGUCGUGUUACUCACAGCCAGAGUGGCGCUAUGCCAAAUGAGAUCUAUGCCAGAAAAGUUGUCACCCAGAUUCUCUAUGGGGCCGCUCCUUGGAGAUGGAUAUGGCCCUGGAGCAAAGGCCCCGGGCGGAUGAAGUGGAUCUGGGAGGGCAACAAAGCAAAAGUUGUGUACUUGCUGAGUGCUGGCUGGACAUGGGUGGGAUUUUUCCAGAUGAUAUUAAGCCGAAUGUUUAAUCUGUGGAAACUGCGAAGAGCGUUCCUAGAGGAGAGAAAGAGAGGAAGAAGGUGA